AUGCAUGCACGCUCUGUUCUCCUUCUGGCCAUCGCUGCAGCAGUGCUGUCUCCGUCCACAGGCACUCUGAUCUCUCCGCAAGUUGUGCACGAACGACGGGACAGUAUUCCGCGCGGUUGGUCCUUGCAACGGCGCGCCGAUCCCGACCUCAUUCUCCCACACCUUUUCGCGCUCGCGCAGCCCAACGUCGACAACCUAGAGGCUUUCCUACUCGAUGUCUCCGACCCCUCAUCACCCAACUACGGCAAGCACUGGACCCAGGCCAAAGUCUCGCAAACAUUCCGUCCCACUGCCGAGACCGUAGACACCGUUCACGCGUGGUUGACAGGUUCGGCUGGCAUCGACUCGUCGCGUGUCCGCCUGACCAAAAACGACGCAUACAUUGAGGUCAACGUGACCAUUGCUGAGGCGGAGGCGCUUCUCGGAACACAGUACUUCGUCUACCAACACGAACACGGCUCGAUCCACGUGGCCUGCGGAGAUCGAUACCAUCUCCCCGCGCACGUCUCGAAGCACGUCGAUACGGUGUGGCCUACUUUUCACUUCGAUGCAAUGCCUCGCUCGCGGCGCAGAAACACGCGCCCCGAGACCCUCGCUGGCUCCACUCCCAUCGCUCGGCCAUUCAACCAGACACUGUCACCAUUGACAGAAUCGGAUGGUCUCAGCUCGUGCUGGAUGACAACCACUCUUGACUGUCUUCGUGCGCUGUACAAUUUCACAUACGAACUGACAGUCCCGGAGAAGCACUCGAUGGGAAUCGUUGAGUUUGGGACGGAAACUCUAAGCUACACGGACCUGGACGCCUUCUUUCAGGCAUAUGCUCCAUCGAUGGUGGGCACUAGGCCCACAUGGGUUGGCCUCGACGGAGGUACCGAUCUCCUCAUUGAACCAAACCUAGACUUUCAGUAUGCCAUGGGUCUGCUCGGUGGGAACGUCAACAUGCUCCAAUACCAGGUCACAAAUGAUGGCCCGUAUUGGGCCUACUUGAACAUUGACUACCUUAUGGAUGCGAUCGACGGUGACUACUGCACUUUUGAGGGUGGAGAUCCGCCUUUCCUGAGCACUGGACCAGGCAAUCGUACCAACGGUGCAAUGCGGUGGAGCCCCGCGCGCCACGUCGUUUCUGUAUCUUACCUUCAGGCUGAGUUCGCGUUUGGAGAUUUCUACGCGACGCGUAUGUGCACUGAGUUCGGGAAACUGGCGUUGAUGGGCACGACCGUCAUCUUCUCAUCCGGAGACAAUGGCGUUGCGUCACUCGGCGGCUCCUGCGGGGGUGACAACAACACGGACUUUUACCCUCAGAUCGCCAACACGUGCCCUUACGUGCUCUCCGUCGGCGCGACACAGAUCAUCAAGAAUCACCAAGUGACCGACCCUGAAGAGGCGACGAGCGCGGUCUUCAAGUCUGGCGGCGGCUUCUCCAACUACAUCCCCCGCCCUUCCUUCCAGGACGCUGCCGUGCAGAACUUCAUCGAAAACUACGCCGGCGACGUCCCCGAUGGCGUCUACAACAAAUCCGGACGCGCGUACCCCGACGUCUCUGCCAACGGGUACAACUACCGCGUUUACAUCAACGGCGAGCCGAACGCCGUCUUCGGAACCUCCGCCUCCGCGCCCGUCUGGGGCGCGUUCCUCACCGCGGUCAACGACGCGCGCAUCGCCGCCGGGAAGUCGCCCGUCGGCUGGGUGCACCCCGCCCUGUACUCGGACGCCUUUGCGGGCGUCUGGCACGAUGUCACUCUCGGGGACAACAAGGCGUGCGGGGUCGAUAGGACGCUUGGGUUCACCGCGGCCCCGGGAUGGGACCCGAUUACGGGGCUUGGGACGCCGGAUGUCGGGAAGUUGAUUGAGGCGUGGCUUGCACUCCCUUGA